AUGCCUCGAGAGGACUUGCGGCUCCUGGUGAUGCAAGAACGGAACCUGAGGAGCUUAAUGGACAGCAUGCAAGAGUUUUUGAACGAAUACCAAGCGGAACGAGAUUACAUAUCUUUGAAGUAUCGGAUGCAGAAACUGGAUGAGGUGUACGACAAGUUGAUUCGAGUGCGAGAAAACAUUGAGGUGAUCACCGACGAUGUGGAAAUGGAUGUUGGAUUGGAAGGCGACGAUGAGCAGUCAGCUCUCGAACGUGCAAUGCGAAUCAGCGAGCGCGAAGAGGUCAAUAUGCGCAUUAUCAAGGAUUUUGAGAACCGUUUUUUCGAAAUAAAGCAUAGUUUGGGAGUGCUUGAAGCAGCCGAAAGUCGUUCCUGUACCAGUGUUCAAACUGUCAAACCAUCAACAGCGGUUGAUUCAAUGCCAAGAAUUAAGCUCCCCGAAUUGAAGCUACCGACAUUUAGCGGAAAGUUGCAGGACUGGAUCACUUUUCGUGAUACAUUCACCAGCAUGAUCCACAACAAUGCGCAUCUAUCCGAUAUUGACAAGUUUACCUAUCUGCGAACGUCGUUGACAGAUGAUGCAUUAAUCGAAAUAGGAUCCGUCGAAUUGACAUCGGCUAACUACACCAUAGCCUGGCGAACACUCGAAACCACUUUCGAAAACAGGAAGCUGCUUGUGAAGUCAUAUCUCGACGUUUUGUUCGCUGUCAGUCCUAUGGGUGAAGAAUCUUAUUAUCAGCUUAAUAGAGUGGUAAAGGAUUUUGAGACAACGUUAAUGAUGCUUCAAAAGGUCGGUGUUGAAACUGAUGGGAUGUCAACCAUUCUUCAGCAUAUGGUGUGUCAACGUCUGGAUGCUGCUACUCUACAACGCUGGGAAUCUUACCACAACUCUAAGAAGGUUCCAUCGUAUAGGCAAUUGAUGGAAUUUUUGAAGUCAAGAUGUCUGGUACUUCAUAACAUCUCGCUAGUUCACUCUGUUCAAGGGGAAGUGAAGAGGCAGUCUCGUUUUCCAGCAGUAGGUCAUCCCGGUAUACAACAGAAGAACCAGACAGAUCUAACGCACAUCCCCAACCCGAGCAUGAAUAACCUCCCAUCCUCAAGUACCACAGAUAAUCCUUCUACUAGCCACAGUUCUGUAUUGUCCGCAAAUCCUACCACUCUUCCGAACACUGUCCUGCUAUCUACAGCAGUUUUAACAAUUGGGGAUGAAUACGGGAAUAUCAUUCCAGCUCGAGCUUUAUUGGACUCAGGGUCACAGCUAUGUUUCAUGACUGAAAGGAUCGCUCAGUCUUUGAAAUUUCAUCGAUAUCGAGAGUAUCUUCCUGUCAAAGGCAUUGGGCAAUCGAAAACUUGUUCCACCCAGUCUGUUUUCGCUUCGAUUGGUUCACGGUGUUCUGAUUACCGCUCUUCUUUGAAAUUCCACGUUCUCCCGAAAGUUACGGCUGAUCUUCCAGUGAAAAGGAUCGACAUCGGUAGUUGGCAGAUACCUCCAGGAAUAACCAUGGCAGAUCCCGAGUUCCAGAAUCCUGGUGGUAUUGAUCUCAUUCUUGGAGCAGAAGUCUUUUAUGAUCUGCUGUUGGACGGGCAGCACAAGUUAGAUAGCAUUGGGCCUAUACUGCAGAAUACUCAACUUGGUUGGGUUGUUUCCGGCAAUGUUUCCGAAAAAUCCAGAGUUCAAGCCACUGUUUCAGCUUCUUGUACCGAAGAACGGGUUAAUGAAUUACUAACUCGUUUUUGGGAGUUAGAAGCUUGCCACAAUUCUAGUACGCUUUCACUGGAAGAAUCGGAGUGUGAGAAGAUUUUUGAAGAUACUACUACGAGAGACUCAUCUGGAAGGUUCGUUGUUAAGCUCCCUAGGAAGGACUUCCUAAUCCGUCUGCUGGGGGAAUCUAGAAGUCAAGCCGAACGUCGUUUUUGGUCUUUGGAGUGCCGUUUAAAAUCAAACCCUGAGUUGAAAGAGGAGUACAGCUCAUUCAUUCACGAGUAUCUGGAGCUUAAUCAUAUGCGUGAAGUUAUUGCUGAAGAGGAAGGAGAUAUAUCAAAACCGCCGCCAUAUUACAUGCCACAUCAUCACGUAUUGCGUCCUGAAAGUUCUACUACUAAACUACGCGUAGUUUUUGACGCGUCCGCUACAACGACGUCUGGAAUUUCGUUGAAUCAAGCACUGAUGGUCGGACCUGUACUCCAGGAAGAUUUAGUGUCCAUAGUUCUUCGCUUCAGAUUGCACAGAAUCGCUAUAGUUGCAGACGUAGCGAAAAUGUAUAGGAUGAUUAAUGUAGUCCCCGAAGAUCGUCGUCUACAGAGAAUUGUUUGGAGAGAUUCACCAGAUGAGCCUUUAAGGACAUUUGAACUAACUACCGUUACGUACGGCACCGCGUCUGCCCCCUACCUAGCCACGAAAUGCCUACAACAACUUGCGGAAUGCGGGAAGAAGAAGUACCCCAUUGCGGCCAAGACUCUGAGUGAAGAUUUUUAUAUGGACGAUUGUUUAACGGGUGCAGAUACUAAGGAGGAAGGUAUCAAAAAAUGCUGUGAACUGAAUGCUCUAUUGUCGUCUGCGAAAAUGCUUUUAAGAAAAUACAACUCGAACAACGUAGAAGUUCUUUCGGUUCUACCUGGCGAGCUCCGAGACGAUAGGAUUUCCCUAGAGCUUGAUGCAUCGCAGACUAAAAUUAAGACACUGGGCCUCAUUUGGGAUACACAAUCGGAUUGCUUCCAUUUCUCUGUGCCUCAGUGGAAUUCUUCUACAGAAAUAAACAAGCGUAUCAUUCUCUCCGACUUUGCUCGUUUGUUCGAUCCCCUAGGAUUGGUCGGUCCUGUUAUGGUUCAGGCCAAGAUAUUUCUCCAGGAGCUCUGGAAGCAGAACUGUUCCUGGACGGAAACGCUUUCCAAUCCUUUCCAGCAAUGGUGGCUGGAAUAUCGGAGCAACUUGGCUGGACUAUCCAAUUUACAAGUUCCACGAUGGGUCGCCUUUGGUUCGGAUGUUAGCUCCGUUGAGCUUCAUGGCUUCUGCGACGCUUCCACUAAGGCCUACGGGGCCUGUAUCUACCUGCGUUGUACGCGUUCCAACGGAAUAAUUUCGGUAAAUCUUCUGAUCUCCAAGUCUCGAGUAGCACCUCUGGAUGAUGUCAAGCGUGACAGGCAGUUUAAGAAUUUCUGCGAAAUGUUUCUUUUGGACGGAUUCCACCAUUGUGAAGUGCUGGCUCUCUUCGCCACCGUCACGGUGGCAAAUGUUUGUUGCUAA